AUGGAUGAUGCGGUUCAAGUAGCUAAAGAGGUCAGCAUGGAUUCCUGGUUCCUUCUUACUCUGCUUGGCAGUGGUCUGAUACAUGUUGGUGCCAACAACAGUACCAUAGUUUCACCUUCAGUAGGCGUUACGAGAUCUAUGAAAGCAUCUACAACAGAAUCACUUAAAGAAGAGAACAAAACUUCAAAUCCUACUCCUUCAGUAACUUCUUCUUCCUUGGCACCAACAUUCAGCCCAAAUCUAACUCUGGGACCCACAUAUGUAACCACUGUCAAUUCUUCAGACUCUGACAAUGGAACCACAAGAACAGUAAGCACCAAUUCUGUAGUCACUACAAUUUCACCAAAUGGAACAUGGCUUCCAGAUAACCAGUUCACAGAUACCAGAACAGAACCUUGGGAGGGGAAUGCCAGCACUGCAGCAACCACUCCAGAAACUUUUCCUCCUUCAGGUAAUUCUGACUCGGACAAAAGAGAUGAGACGCCAAUUAUUGCAGUGAUGGUGGCCCUGUCCUCUCUUCUAGUGAUCGUGUUUAUUAUCAUAGUUUUGUACAUGUUAAGGUUUAAGAAAUACAAGCAAGCUGGGAGCCAUUCCAAUUCUUUCCGCUUAUCCAAUGGCCGCACUGAGGAUGUGGAACCCCAGAGCGUACCACUUCUGGCCAGGUCCCCAAGCACCAACAGGAAGUAUCCGCCCCUGCCUGUGGACAAGCUGGAAGAGGAGAUUAACCGGAGAAUGGCUGAUGACAAUAAGCUCUUCAGAGAGGAAUUCAACGCUCUCCCUGCUUGUCCUAUCCAGGCCACCUGUGACGCUGCCUCCAAGGAGGAGAACAAGGAAAAAAAUCGAUACGUAAACAUCUUGCCUUAUGACCACUCUCGAGUCCAUCUGACACCAGUUGAAGGAGUUCCAGAUUCUGAUUACAUCAAUGCUUCAUUCAUCAAUGGCUACCAGGAAAAGAACAAAUUCAUUGCUGCACAAGGACCAAAGGAAGAAACGGUGAAUGAUUUCUGGAGGAUGAUCUGGGAACAAAACACAGCUACUAUUGUCAUGGUGACCAAUCUGAAGGAGAGAAAGGAGUGUAAGUGUGCCCAGUACUGGCCAGACCAAGGCUGCUGGACUUACGGAAAUAUCCGUGUGUCAGUAGAGGAUGUGACCGUGCUGGUGGACUACACAGUGCGCAAGUUCUGCAUUCAACAGGUGGGCGACGUGACCAACAGAAAGCCACAGCGCCUCAUCACUCAGUUCCACUUUACCAGCUGGCCAGAUUUUGGGGUGCCUUUCACACCGAUUGGCAUGCUCAAGUUCCUUAAGAAGGUGAAGGCCUGUAACCCUCAGUAUGCAGGGGCCAUCGUGGUACACUGCAGUGCGGGUGUAGGACGUACAGGUACCUUCGUCGUCAUUGAUGCCAUGCUGGACAUGAUGCAUACAGAGCGGAAAGUGGACGUUUAUGGCUUUGUGAGCCGGAUCCGGGCACAGCGCUGCCAGAUGGUGCAAACAGACAUGCAAUACGUCUUCAUAUACCAAGCCCUUCUGGAGCAUUACCUAUAUGGGGAUACAGAACUGGAAGUCACCUCUCUAGAAACACAUCUGCAGAAAAUUUAUAACAAAAUCCCAGGGACCAGCAACAAUGGACUAGAGGAGGAGUUUAAGAAAUUAACAUCGAUCAAAAUCCAGAAUGACAAGAUGCGGACCGGAAACCUUCCAGCCAACAUGAAGAAGAAUAGGGUUUUACAGAUCAUUCCAUAUGAAUUCAACAGAGUGAUCAUUCCAGUUAAGAGGGGUGAGGAGAACACAGACUACGUGAACGCAUCCUUCAUUGAUGGGUACCGGCAGAAGGACUCCUACAUCGCCAGCCAGGGCCCUCUGUUCCACACAAUUGAGGACUUCUGGCGAAUGAUUUGGGAGUGGAAAUCUUGCUCUAUUGUGAUGCUAACAGAACUGGAGGAGAGAGGCCAGGAGAAGUGUGCCCAGUACUGGCCCUCUGAUGGACUGGUGUCGUAUGGAGACAUCACAGUGGAGCUGAAGAAGGAGGAAGAAUGUGAGAGCUAUACUGUCAGAGACCUCCUGGUCACCAACACCAGGGAGAACAAGAGCCGGCAGAUCCGGCAGUUCCACUUCCAUGGCUGGCCUGAAGUGGGCAUCCCCAGUGAUGGAAAGGGCAUGAUCAGCAUCAUUGCAGCCGUGCAGAAGCAGCAGCAGCAGUCAGGGAACCACCCCAUCACCGUGCACUGCAGCGCGGGGGCAGGACGGACAGGGACCUUCUGUGCCCUGAGCACAGUCCUGGAACGGGUGAAAGCGGAGGGGAUUUUGGAUGUCUUCCAGACCGUCAAGAGCCUGCGACUGCAGAGGCCACACAUGGUCCAGACACUGGAACAGUACGAGUUCUGCUACAAGGUGGUGCAGGAAUAUAUUGACGCUUUCUCAGAUUAUGCCAACUUCAAGUGA